AUGGUCGCUGCUGGCGCCUCUAUACACCCUCGCCUCCUUGGUCCCCUUGGUCCCAAGCCAAAGCCAGCAUUCCCGCCUCCUUCCAUGGACCCUUUCUACAAGCUGCCUGCCAAUCUCUCGGCGUACAAGCUCGGCGACGUCAUCCGCUCGCGCCCCAUCGACCUCAGCUCAUUUGGUCCCGAGGCUGCUUCGGCCUACCACGUCCUCUACCGCACCACGGGUCAAAGUGGCAAUCAGACCGUCCCAGACGCUACGGUCACGACCCUCGUCGCUCCAAAGUUCCCCGCACCUGGCCCGCCCCGCAUCGUCACCGUCGGUACGCCAGUCAACUCGGCUGCCAUCGACUGUGCUCCCAGCUACACCUACAUCGCCGGCACUACUUCGAACAACACUCUCGAGGUCACAGCUCUCCUCACUCCCGUUUCUGCUGUCCACCAGGGCUGGUGGGCCAAUUCACCCGACUUCGAGGGGUCCAAGGCCGCCUGGCUCGUAGGCCACAUCGAGGGACAGGCUAUGCUCGACUCAAUGCGCGUGGCCGAGCGCCAUGUCGAGACGAUGCCCGCCGCAUUGGGCAAGCAGGCCAUCCACGGCAUCAACGGCUACUCCGGCGGCUCUCACGCUGUCAUGUGGGCUGCUCAACUCGCCUCUACCUACGCACCUGAGCUCAACAUCGCCGGCGUCGUAGCAGGAGGCCUCCCCGCCAACGUUGAGGAGACGGUUCACUACCUCGAUGGCACCGGCUCCGCCACGCUCGGCUACAUUGGCGCAGCUGGCCUGGGCAAUGGCUACCCGGAGCUCGACAGAAUGUUGCGCCAGCGUGUCAAGCCUGGAAUGCCCGCCGACAUCUUCGAGGCCGUUCACACCGGCGUCUCAUGUGCGCAGGAUGCCUACCUCAAUGGUCCCCUCAAGCUCGAUGAUGGAUUCAGGCUCGACGCCCAGGGCAGGAACAUCUCCGAGGACCCCACGCUCAAGGCAGUCUUUGCGCAGGAGAACCUCGGAGCCAACCAGCCUCCCAUCGUCAACUUCCCCAUCUACCUCAUGCACUCGCGUGGUGACGAGAUUGUUCCUUACAACCAGUCUCGCGCCUACGCUGAGAGCCAGUGCGCGCAGGGAGCCACCAUCGAGUUUGAAUCCCUCGCUAGCGGAAUCCACGUCCUCACUGGUGUUCAAGCGCAGCCCGUCUUCAUCACCCGCCUACGCAGGUACUUUGCAGACAAGCUAGCAGGCAAGAAGCCCACCCGCACCUGCUCCUACCCCGAGACGCUCUGGUACCCCAACCCUCUCGACGUGGCUGAGAACAUCCUGGGUCCCUUGGCCAACAGCCAGAUGCAGCAGCAGCAGAGCCAGGUCCAGAAUUCGGACGCCCCUCAGAAGGCCAAGGACACCAAGUCUCAGCAGGAGGAGCAGGGCAAGACGCACCCUCGUCCUCCCACCACGCCACAGAAGGCCAACCCGCUCACGACUGGCUCGCCGGGCUACCACAAGAAGAUCCGCUCCUCCUUCCGCUUCCUCGUCUAGGCAUGCGAUUCCGCCUCUCCAUUUGCCCUCUCAUAUACGCGCUGCAGAUGGGAUGGUGGACUCUCGGUCUCUCCCCCUCUCCACAUAGAUCAUUAUCAAGCGUUACCUGCGAUACCUUCUCCCCCAAGUCACCAUCGCGCACGAAACGCUCCCCGCUCCAGCUCUUGUUUCUCCUUUCCCGUCUCUGUCUCAGCUCUUAAUCACAGCCUCGCUACCUCUCUAGAUCAAUACAUGCACUCAGAUCGCUGCCGCUGCCGCCGCCGCCGUCGCUGCCGCUCUCCUGUCCGCCGAUUGAUUGAAGAGAAUCGCAUCGUGAUAGCACCAGCGCGGCGUCUUGAGCCGGUG